AUGGGAAUGGAAUUGUGGUGGUCGAAGUUUAUUUCUGUAUGUAGUUUUAUUUUGCUAUUACUCAAUGCCACUCACUGUUUUUUAGUUGUACAGACUCAGGCACUUGGCCAGAUUGAUGAGUGCUCAGCCUUGCUGCAGUUAAAGGAAAGCUUUGCAAUUAACAAGUCUGUUUCUACAGAUCCUCUUGCUUAUCCGAAGGUUUCAUUUUGGACGCGAGAAGGAGAUGGGAAUCGGAGUAAUUGUUGUUCAUGGGAUGGUGUAGAGUGUGAUGAGGACUCUGGCCAUGUUGUUGGCCUUAACCUUGGCAGCAGCUGUCUCUACGGUUCUAUCAAUUCCAACAACACUCUCUUCCACCUUGUUCAUCUGCAGAGGCUUGACCUCUCAGAUAAUCACUUCAAUUUCUCUCAAAUACCAUCAAGAUUUGGUCAUGAUCUUUCGAGUCUAACGUAUCUCAACCUUUCAAAUUCCUUAUUCUCUGGCCAAAUUCCAUCAGAAAUUUCAAAGCUAUCGAAGCUGUCUACCCUUGAUCUGUCUUUCAAUUAUCAGAAAGUUGAUGAUAGUAUCCCUUUGAAACUGACAAAGGGCAACCUGAGAAGCCUCGUUCAAAACUUGACCAACAUAAAAAAGCUUCAUCUUAGUGGGGUAGACAUAUACUCCACUGUGCCUGAUAUCUCGGUCAAUGCAUCUUCUCUUACAUCUCUCCAACUUGACCAUUGUGGGUUGUAUGGGGAAUUCCCAGUUGGCAUUUUCCAGCUACCAAACGUAGAGGUUCUUCGUGUGAGCUAUAACUCAGACCUAACAGGCUAUUUUCCCACCUUUAACAAGAGCAAUGUUUUCAAGAAAUUGGGUGUUGCCAGAACGAAUUUCUCUGGCCAACUGCCUACCUCCCUCGGAAACCUUCAUUCCUUGAUUGUGUUUUCCAUCUCAUCGUGUAAUUUUCAUCCCAAUGUUCCAUCUUCAAUCGGAAACCUUACCCAACUCAGUUACCUUUCCAUGUCUUCAUUUAAUGACGUUUCCAAAGGCAAGAUGGGAGAAUUCCCAUCUUUUGUGUCUAACCUGACACAACUUGAAUUUCUAGACUUGUCCGAUAAUGAAAUAUCAGGACCAAUUCCUAGGUCGCUCUUCCAACUCAAAAAUCUUGAAUAUCUUAGUCUUUCCCGUAAUAACUUCAGUGGGUUGGUUGAGUUUGAUCAGUUUUCCAAGCUCAAAAAGUUGAAGGGCCUUGAAUUAUCGAACAACAUGUUAUCUGUGGAGAUCAGAAAUGAUUUAAGUGCUACUCUUCCAAAGCUUCAAACUCUAGCACUGGGCUUCUGCAACUUAACAGAGUUUCCAAAUUUUUUGAAAAAUCAAUCCGAAUUGACUAGGCUAGACCUUUCUGGCAACUAUAUUCACGGCCCAAUACCGCAAUGGUUCUGGAAUGCAACUAGAGAAACUUUGUCAAAACUCUCUCUUGAUUACAACUUUUUAACUGGAUUUGACCAAAAUCAAGGCAUUCUCCCAUGGCCGAAUCUGACCAUUCUGUCUCUUCAGUCUAACAUGUUACAAGGGCCUCUGCCAAUUCCACCGCAAUCAAUCAAAUUAUAUGAUGUCCACAACAACGAAUAUACUGGAGAAAUUUCACCUCUGUUCUGCAACUUCAAUAAUCUCCAAAUUCUUGAGUUGUCCAACAACAACCUCAGUGGCAUGCUUCCACAAUGUUUGGGUAACUCUAGUGUUUUGGAAAUAUUGGCCCUGCAGAACAAUUUGUUUAAUGGAUAUAUUCCUCCAAUAUGUCCAAGCAAAACUAGUCUGGGAAUUGUUGAUUUUAGUUAUAAUCAGUUGCAGGGGAAGCUACCAAGAGGGGUGAUGAAUUGUACUCAGUUAAAGGUUCUUAAUUUUGCAAACAAUCAGAUGAGUGACAUCUUCCCAUCUUGGUUAGGGGCACUUCCAGAAUUAAGGAUUCUCAUUUUGCGGUCUAAUGGAUUUCAUGGCGUAAUUGGGAAGCCUGCAACUAAACAUGAGUUCCCAAAGUUGCACAUCAUUGACUUAUCUAACAAUGGUUUCUCAGGUAUGUUGCCCUCUAACUACUUAAAGAUAUGGAAUUCCAUGAAAUAUGUUGAUGAAAACCGGCGAACUUAUUUUGAAGUAAAUUCGGAUGAAGUCGGUGGAAAAUACUUUCGUAGUGAUUACGCAAUGACAAUAAGUGGAAAAGGUGUUGAGUUGAAAUAUGAAAGGACCCCUUAUCUUCUCACACUCAUAGAUCUGUCAAGUAAUAGAUUUGAAGGAGAGAUUCCAGAAGGUCCCGUUGGGAACCUAAGAGGCCUUGUUUUGCUGAACCUUUCCAACAACUCUCUCACUGGUCACAUUCCCUCAUCUUUAGGGGACUUGGCUGCUCUCGAAUCGUUAGAUCUCUCCCAGAACCAACUCUCAGGAAGGAUCCCGAGUAAUUUAGCACAACUCACUUUCCUUGCAUAUUUUAAUGUAUCCCAUAACCAUCUCUCCGGGCCUAUACCACUUGGCAAACAAUUCGAUACAUUCCAGGAGGACUCGUACGAAGGAAACUCAGGUCUGUGUGGAAAGUAUCUGCCAAAGAAAUGUGAAGAUUCUGAGAGCUCAACGCGGCCACCACCAUCAAUCGUGGAAGAAGAUGAAGACUCUGUAUUUCAAAUUGCACUAGAUUGGUACGUGGUUGUGCCAGGAGUUGUUAGUGGUCUGAUAGUUGGAGUGGUUGUUGGGAACAUAUAG